AUGCUAAUUGAUACUGGAACUUUGUAUAUUGGAACAUACUCAGGGACAGAUGGCUUUGUCGGCUUUUUAUGGAGCCUUAAAAUUUUUAAUGAAAAUGGUCAUUAUCUUGAUGAAUGGAUUACAUCUGGGUGCCCAGCAAGCUGCUCAACUGGAUGCCCUUCAGAAAAACUUUGUCCAGACAGUUGCGAAUUCGGGUACUAUUAUGACACUUCUUAUGCAGCUUGCAAACAAUGCGAUUCCUCACAAAACUGUGGAGGCAGCUAUGGCUGUCGAAGCCUCUUAACUUGCCGCUUAUGCAAAGCAAAAGAAUGCUCAGCUUGCUCAGCCUUUGACGAUGCCUGCUCUGCAUGCAUAACUAAUGCUUAUAUUCCUUCAGGGAAUAAUGAAUGCCAAUGCAACUUAAAUGCUUUUUGGAUCCAAUCCACACAAACUUGCGAAAUCUGUGACAGUCUUUGUGAUGACUGUGCUGAAACUUAUUAUCACGAAUGCAGCCAAUGUAGUAGCUCAGCAAUUGCUGUUGGAACCGUGUGUUUGCAUGCAUGUCCUACUGGCUAUGCAUAUUCGUCCCCCACAUGCACAAUAUCUACCUCGUCUAUCGUCGAUCAGUCGUUUUAUCAAGAUUGGGCAGGACUUUAUGGCAUUUUCCAGACAUCUUCAUCAGCAGCCUCUUAUUAUUUUUCCACUACUGUGGAUACACAAGAUCCUGUGCCUGUUUAUAACAGGGACUUUAUUUUUCAGGUGGAAAAUACUUGGUGUCUACAUCAAAUAUAUAUUUAG